UUGCCGCUUUUGACGGUCUCAGUGACGGUGGUGGUGGUGGGCCUGGGGAUGCACCUCAGAUGGCGGUGGGUCGUGGCGGCCAUCCUGCACAGCACACACAUUUAAACGUGUCAGUCAGUGGACGUGCAAUCAAACAGUCAUGCAGUGCAGCAGAGAUGGAAACUGCUGAUUGAUUGGUAUCUAUGUACCUCUUGGCUAUGUGUCCGAUGUAGGCCGACGCGAUUUUGAUCUGGUGGAACGGAUGUGGGCGACCCUGCUUGGCCGCUCGAAUGUCUUGUGCGUGACGCUGGCCAUGUGCUGGGCCAGUCGGGCCUACGAGCAUACAGACAGACAGACAGACAGCCGGUGUGUGCAAGAGAGCGGCCGGCGUCCGUGAGUUGGUCACUUAUUAUGUACCAGAUCGCCCAGAGAGGCCUGACGGGGGCUCUUGAAGACGAACGAGUCACUCAAGUCGCACAUGGCGGCCAUCCUCUCGUAUGCAAUCUGAGCCAGGAACAAACCCAACCAAAUCAACCAAACCACAUGUGUGUGUGCAGUGAGUGCAUAUGGCCAUCGGAUCGGUUGUCAAGCUCUUGUCUGUCUGCUCCUUCCUUGCAAGCAAGGCAAUUCCGCCCACCCAUCUGCCGUCGGGGCCCAUGGUGGACAAGUUGAAGUGGUGGGAGUGACUGUUGUAGUGCGGCCCCCAUGGGAAAUCAGCAAACACCUACACACACAGACAUACAGACAGACAGACAGACAGACACGGACACACGUAAGAUGGUCGACCAUGAUGUGUGUGUGGCGGGGACAGAUGCACAGAGGCAGGCAGCUUGCUGUGCUGUGCUGUGUGGGCUUGGCUUACCGCAUCGAACUUGGCGUUCGGGGGUCGAAGCAUCCCCCAUAUCAGCAGGUGCUUGUCGAUGCGGUCGGUCGGUGACCUCCUCAAAGGGCUCCUCGCACAGCAUCACCUGCCCCUCACUCAUACCUGGUUGUAUGUAUCGUAUUAGCAAAGGAGGGAGGGAGGCGAGACACACACACCCAAACAAACAAACAAAACACACACGCACAAGAAUAAGAAAGAAAGAGAAAGUUCGCCGAGUUGGUUGGUGUGGCGUCCUCCUGCCUGCCCACCGUACCGUAUGCCUUGUAGAGGUUGGCCUCAGCGAUGGCAUAGUGGACCGGGUUGACCUCGCAGCCAUAGACCUCCAGGCCCUGCCGGGCUAACGCUACCGAGUUGCCCGUUGCACAACACAUCACAACACAACAGACACACGCACACACGUAGUAGUGUGGUGGAUGGGGUAAAUCAAGUGCUCUGAGGGUGUGGGCGUCUCGUCUGCUAUCCCUCCUUACCGGCACCGACGCACGGCUCGAAGAUCAGGCCCUCCGGGUACACCUUGGCGACGGCCUGUGCGGUCAGGUUGGCGAUGGCCUCCUCCGUGACGCUAUACCUGAAUUAAUCAAUCAUCCAUCGACAAACACCCACACCAAUGCCACCCACCAUACAUAUGAGUGUGUCGGUCAGCGCACACAUGCAGCUCACUCACUCACAUGAGCUCCUUUUGGUUUGAGAUGUUGCUCAUGGCCGUCGGGUUGUGGAAGAGGGCUGCGUCGUCGACCACCUUGACGGUCAGGAUUACCUCGACCUUCAGGCGGUCGACGGCCCGCGACAUCGGCCGCACUGGCGAGGCGGUCGUCGCUCGGUCGACCGGCGCGUCCCCAGGCGGCUGUGUGGCGGCAACCUGCACAAGUAGUUACAUACAGCCACCACGAUACAAACCAAUUUGUCUUCCAUGUCGUCUGUGCCCCUCACCCACCUGAUCCGAUUCGCGCCCCUUGCCCGUCUCGUUGUGGCCGUCAGGCCCGAUAUGGUCGUGCUGCCUCACUGGCCUGUGCUCGCCAUGAUCGUCGGCCGCAACCCCCACACCCACACCCACUCCAGCGCCCCCCCCGGCCGUCCUCGCCCUCCUGUGGUGUGGGCGGGGUGUCGAUGACCACCUCCAGGCACUCCACACCGGCACCCGCAGAGACGCUACGCUCGUCAGCAGACCUACUGCACACAGACACACGCACGGUGCGCUUGUUUCUCCCUCCCUCCCUCCCUCCCUCAUCGUGUGUGUCUGUGGGUAUUCAUUGUACCUUUCUGUCGUCUGGUUGGCCCAUUCGCCCUCGUACUUGGCCACCCCACCGCCCCUGCCCCCGACCCACUCACCGACGUACACACCCUCGCACCCCUGGCCGUCGCCGGCAGCCUGGAGCACAACACACGCAGCAGAGAGCCGCCGCCACCGACGCACGCCCCGGCGAGUGAGAUGGUCCUCGCCGUGGCAGCUGGGGCUGGGCAGGGCAACGCAUGGCUCGCUGCCGGCGGGUGUGUGUGUGUGGGGCAUGCCGGCGUCUGGUGCGGGUGGGGUGCGCGGCGGGUCGGCUUUGUGGGGUGGCACCAGCAGCGUGGCAUCGACCUGCAGGACGCGCUGGGUCUCCUGUGGUGGCACCAGGAAGAGAACCAGCUCGUCCAUCCAGGACAGGUAGGUCGGCCUGACAUACACAACGUCACCCUCCUGCUGCGACGCGACAACAAACAGUACAUAGCACGAUCAACACAUUCGCUCCUCAGUCGGACCGUAUCAAGCGUGUGCGCAUCGGCGGGGGCUUGCAGCUGCCGACGGCCCGCUAUCUGUUGCCACAUCCACCUGACCACACACACAGACAGACACACACGCCAUCCGGGCAACAUCUGUCUGUCAUGACUGUGCGGUGCGUCACAUCAAUGUGAGCAUUAAGGCUGUUCUCUGUUGCACCUCAACGUAUCCAUGGCUGGCUGCCGCUCAAGGCCUUCCUUCGAGGACACGGACAGAUGCUGCCUGGCAGCUGGAGACCUGUCUGCCGGCGUCGGUUCUUUCUCCGGCAGCCUGCAGCACAACACACACAGCAGAGAGCCGCCGUCAUCGGCACGCCAUCAUGCCAUCAUAGCUCAAUGCAGAGCUGCAUGAGCGUCGACGGCAUUACGGCAGAGGGACCUCUUUUCCCUCACUGCUGUGGGCUGCCCGUCCUCACACUCAUACCUUAUGGCCGCUUGCGAUUCGAACUUCUCGGACGCGUCGAAACCUCUCGAGUUCGGCCGAUUACGGCCGGCCCUCUUCGCAAGAAUAUCACAGCAAGGAAGAGAGCGGAUGCAGAGAGCUCAC